CUGUUCGCAAUUUGGUGGUGGAGUAGCGCCACAUUCGGCCGCCCGUUAGCCAGGCGAGAUCCAUGGAUGCAUCACCACAUCUCAACUGAGUAAAGCCCGAGUGAAGUGCGCCCGCCCUGUUCAGAUAGGCAUAAUUUAUUCUACUGUUGCAGCCACUGCAAACAUCAACGGGCAACUCCAGUCGAGGCGCGUUGCGCAUCUCCUCGCCUAUUCUGCGUCAUACAAAUGCAAAACGCUUGGAAGCUCCAGCUUCCGCACACCUCCAUCUCGGGCCGAUGCUUCCCCUUACAGCUGCCAGGAUGAAGCCUCAAGCUGACUAUUCGCUAUAUUUGGUGACCGAUUCGACCGAGGCUAUUUUGGGGAAUAGAGAUCUGGUUGAGGUUGUUGAGCAAGCUCUUCUGGGAGGCGUAACCAUUGUGCAAUACAGAGACAAAUCCAGCGAGACUGGCAUCCUCAUCCAAACCGCAAAAGCCCUGCACUCGAAAUGCAAACAGCGCAACGUCCCCCUCAUCAUCAACGACCGCGUCGACGUAGCCCUCGCCGUAGGCUGCGAGGGCGUGCACCUAGGCCAAGAUGACAUGGAUCUCCUCUCAGCCCGGAAAAUCCUAGGAGACGACAAAAUCAUCGGAGCCACCGUAUCCAGCAUCGAAGAAGCCAAUAUAGCCGUCGAACGCGGAGCAGACUACCUCGGCAUCGGCACACUCUACGCCACGAACACAAAGAAAAACACCAAGGACAUCAUCGGCAUCAACGGCAUCCGCAAGAUCUUGCACUACCUCAACACCACGAGCGAGGCGUCAAGAAAGGUGAAGACUGUUUGCAUAGGCGGCGUCAACGCAUCCAACCUCCAACGCAUAAUCUACCAGCUCUACGCACCUUCCACCUCACCCUCAUCCUCACCACCAAAAUCCAUCGACGGCGUCGCCAUAGUAUCUGCUAUCAUCGGUGCUCCAGACGUUCAAAAGGCUGCGUCGAACCUCGCAAAUCUAAUCAAGUCCCCUCCUCCUUUCAAGGCAAAAUGCAAAGAAAGCCCAGCCCUCCCAUCCUCCCCCUCCUCCUCCGCCAUCCAGGAGGCAACCCGCAAAGCCAUCAAAACCGUGCACUCCACCUCCCCCCUUAGCCACAACAUGACCAACCUCGUCGUCCAAAACUUCGCCGCCAGCGUCGCCCUCGCCAUCGGCGCCUCGCCCAUAAUGUCCACCAACGGGGACGAAGCGACCGACCUAGCCAAGUUAGGCGGCGGGUUGGUCAUCAACAUGGGGACCGCGACGCCGGACGCGCUGACCAACCAUCGGAAAGCUAUCGUUGCGUACAACGCCGGUGGGGGACCGAUCGUGCUCGAUCCCGUGGGCGCAGGCGCAACGAGCGCGAGAAAAGAAGCGCUGAGGUUCCUUCUGGCGAGCGGGUACUUUGACCUGAUCAAGGGGAACGAGAGGGAGAUCAUGGCCGUGGCGCGGGCGUCGGGCUUCAUACUAGACGACUCUUCGCAGCAGCGCGGCGUCGACAGCGGGGCCUCGCUUUUCACGCGCGACCAGAAAGCGUAUGUCGUCGAGCGCAUCGCCGCCCGCGAGCGCACCGUCGUGCUCAUGACGGGCGCGACGGAUAUCGUCAGCGACGGCACGCGCACCUAUGCGGUUUCGAACGGGCAUAAGUAUCUUGGUAUGGUUACGGGCAGCGGAUGCACGCUGGGAACCACGAUAUCCGCGUAUAUGGCUGCGUGUCCGGAGGAUAAGCUCGCUGCUGCGGUCGCGGGAAUGUUGCACUAUGAGAUCGCGGCGGAGUACGCUGCGGAGCGAGAAGAUGUAAAGGGACCGGGGACAUUUAUUCCAGCGUUCAUUGAUGAGUUGUAUUUGAGAGGGGUGGAGGUUGUGGAGGGGAAGGACGAGUGGCUGCAGCGGGUGAAGGUCGAGGCUAUUAAGGAGAUCCCUGAUGCGGGGCUGUUGAGGGAGCUGUAAAGUCGGGGUAUGAUAUGAGAUAUCAGAAGCAAGCUUACACUCGAGAUCAGAUAAGAAGGAGAACAUCGGGUAUUGCAUUCCAUCG